UAUCAGAAUUUGCUUGAGGGGGCGGAGACAAAACAUCUGGACAAUCGCACAGCAGCUCCUCUCUCACUCCAUGUGUCUUUCUUCGUCUGAUCAAACCUGAUGACUUCAACAAGGAAGUUAAACUGUGGCAGCACCUGCGUUCAUCUUCAGGUAUGCAUUUCAGAGCACUGCUGAGACGCUGAUCAGCCCACUUCGGACAGAUGACCUCAUGCUAUGCUGAUGAAGAAGUAAAGCAUCAUCAUACAUCACAGCUGGGGGUGAUCUAUGGACGUAUCCAGGGGAUCUGAAAGAUUUUUUCUUGGAAGAGCAGCAGAAUAUUACCAGGAGGAUGAUUUGUCAACAUGAUACAAAUGGAACAUUUUCUAUAUUUGAUGAGAAGUGAACCCUGAAGAGUAAUCAACAUCUUGCAGACCUCAGCAAUGAGCUCCGCUGUGAUGUGCAGCAGAGAGAUCGUACAAAACGUUCAGUACAACAGUCACGUCAGGAGCUCCGUCAGGAUCGAACAUCGCAGGAACUCCAUUCCCCCAACGCAGACUCUCACUGCUAAACAUCUGCUGGCUUACCUGCCCAGACCACAGCCAGAAUCAACACUCUACACUCCUAACACUUACAAGGCCGCAGCUAAAUCCACUGUUGCUUCCAUGAUGAUCACAAAAAGAGCCUCUCUUAUCCACAACAACGUGAACUAUGGAACCCGCUCAUCACUCCCACCAUCCCAGGUGGACUCUCCCUCCCAGACCCAGAGUCCCUGCAGCCAGUCCUCUCAGACUCCAACUUUAGCCAGACCAGAGCCCCCCCAACAGCAAACUAUUCAAAUAGGGACUCCUCAGGGAUCAGUGGAAGAGACACCAGUGCCUCAGCGUUCGCAUCGCAGCAGACACCUCAAGCGCUUCAGCUCCAAAUGGCAAUCUAGAUGCUCCACUAGCAGCAGCAACAUCCCGGUCUCUGCGGUAGAGACACAAAAUGGUGCAAAGAGUCAUAAUAAGCGUUGUAGGCUGCUUGGUGAUGAGCACUCAUCGCACGUUACUGCCAGCAAUCAGCGCCAGCGAUACGUCACCAAGGAUGGCAAGUGCAGGGUCAAUCUGGGACCCAUUGAAGACAAGAGUCGCUUUAUCUCAGAUAUCUUCACCACAUUAGUAGACCUCAAGUUUAGCUGGUUCCUUCUCGUCUUCACUAUGUGCUAUAUUCUCACAUGGGUGACCUUUGGCGGAAUCUAUUUUCUGGGUGCCUGGUUGCGUGACGACAUUACUCAUGUUAAUGACCCACAAUGGCGGCCAUGCUUCCAAAAUGUAGACAGUUUCCUGUCAGCUCUGUUGCUGUCAUUGGAGAGCCAGAGGACUAUUGGGUAUGGCUCCAGGAUGGUGACGGCAAACUGCGUUGAGGGUACAGUGCUCCUGAUGAUCCAGUCCAUUCUUGGCUCAAUCAUUGAUGCUCUCAUGGUGGGCUGCAUGUUUGUCAAAAUCUCCCGGCCGCAGCAGAGAGCUCAGACGCUGAUCUUCAGCAAACAUUGCGUCAUAUGUGAGCGUGACGAGAAGCUGUGCAUGCUGUUCCGCAUCGGUGAUCUCAGAGUGAGCCACAUGGUGGAUGCCAAGAUCCGGGCCAAGCUGAUCAAGUCCAGGCAGACCAAGGAGGGAGAGUUCAUACCGCUGGAGCAGUCAGAGAUCAACCUGGGCUACGACACUGGAGGAGAUAGGCUGCUCCUGGUGGAACCCCAGACCAUUACUCACGUCAUCAAUGAAAGCAGCCCGUUCUGGGAGGUUGGGGCUGAGCGCUUGAAGAGGGAAACCGUUGAGAUCAUCGUCAUCCUUGAGGGCAUUGUGGAGGCAUCAGGUAUGACGUGCCAGGCGAGAACUUCCUACACGCAGGAUGAGAUCCUGUGGGGCCACCGGUUCGAGUCGUGCAUCUCCUUGGAGAAAGGGGCGUUUCGUGUGGACUGCAGUGCAUUUAACAAAACCUUUGAGGUGCAAAUGUCCCUGCUCAGCGCAAAAGACAGGAGUUCAGCACAGAAACAUGAAGCUUUGUUUUAGUAGUUGUUAAUUAAAUCAUCUUUUUUUUUUCUUUCUGUACAUUAAUACUGCAUCAUUGAUUGGGAUAUGUCCUGAUAAACCAUAAUACUCCUAAAUAUUAUUCUCAGGGUAUAACCUAUGGGUAUAAUUAUAACUUCGGUUUUCCAUUUGUGUGUAUUAAGGUUUGUUCUAUGUUAUAUUACAUUUCACCAUUUAAUCAUUGUAACAAAUGUGUUAUGUUGUGUUUCAAUAAUUUUAUCGAAAAUAAAAAAAAAAACAUCCUGCAAAA